AUGUGGCUGAUGGCGAUGCUCUUUUUUGGAGCAUGCGCGGCUCAGCAGGAGGAUGAUGGUUAUCAGAAAAAUCAUGUCAUUGGUGAACCGUUUGUCAAUUGUGCCGCCGAUGCUAUUUACGUCAAGUUCCGCACGGCAACGACGUUUCACGGACAUGUCGACGUGAAAUUUACGCCAAACAAGUCCUGCUUUCAGACACUUGUCACCAAUAAUCAAAUCGAAGUUUUAAUACCGCACGAGGAAUGCAUGGUCCCACGGCAAAGAAGUCUUCAACCAUCUGGCCUGAUACUUGAAUCAGCUCUAUCUGUCUCAUUUCAUCCAGAAUUUACAACAUCCGACGAUCGGAUAUUUAAUUUGAAAUGUUUCCACCAAAAUCGCAAAAAUGGCACAAUUCUUGCCGUCGGAUCACCAAAACCGCCACCAAUUGACGAAGAUGGUCCUAAUUGUCAUUACGAAGUCAGAGAUGGUCCCGGUGGGCCUCUUGCCGGUAGAUUAGCACUCGGACAAAGUGUCUACCAUAGUUGGAGAUGUGAGAAUAUCAAAGAUGUCUGCAUGAAGGUUGAAAAGUGUGAGCUGAUCGGUGGUGAGCAAAAGCAUGAAGUCAUCGAUGAGUUUGGUUGCUCCAAAGAUUUUAACAUAAUGCCACAAUUGGAAUAUCAUAAUAAGACUCAUGCUGGCGCAAAUGUUCGAGUAUUCGGAGUAUCUUAUACUCCUAUAGUCUAUUUUUCAUGUAGAAUUCGGCUAGAACCGCUUAUUGGUGGAUCAGAAUGUCCUAAAUUGGAUUGCGAUUCAGGAAAUGGAGUUAAACGGAGCCGAAGAGACGUCGAUUUAACAGCAAUUGACGUUCGAUCGCAAAAUUUGGAAAUUUCGCAAUUAGUGAAUUCUUUUGAUGAAAAGCCGAUUCAAUGCUCACAAUCAGACGAGAUCGACAAUGGAAGGCAGGUGGAAGCUGCACAAGUCGAGCAGGGAGAACUCCAAAUAUGCGCAAACUUCCAAAUUGUAUUGAUUUCUUCAAUAACCUUAACAGCGACGUGCAUUCUUUUAACAACCCUCGUUGUUGUUUUAAUAGUCCGCCGGCAGAAAUACGAAAUCGCAAGCAUGUCAUAA